CUCCCACACUCCAAGAUGAACGUGCAGGCCUGCUCUCGGUGUGGCUAUAGAGUUUACCCUGCGGAGAAGAUCAGCUGUAUAGAUCAGACAUGGCACAAGGCGUGUUUUCACUGCGAAGUCUGCAAGAUGAUGCUUUCUGUUAAUAACUUCGUGAGUCACCAGAGAAACCCUUACUGUCACGCCCAUAACCCUAAGAACAACACCUUCACUAGCGUCUACCACACGCCUUUAAACAUAACCUUGAAGAAGCCUGUGCCAGCCACAGGUGGGAUCAAUGGUCAAGAAGAUGGCGAGAUGUUUAAAUCCGUUUUCCACUGGGACAUGAAGUCCAAGGAGGGAGCAGACGCGCCCAGCCAGCGACCACUGAAGAGUGGGAGAGACUGUUGGCCGGGGUAUGGAGAAGGAAACACUUGGUGUCCAGGAGCUCUGCCAGACCCUGAGAUCGUAAGGAUGGUUGAAGCUCAGUCUCUGGGUGAGGGCUAUGCAGAAGACUAUGAACAGCCACAAGGCAAGGGGAGCUUCCCAGCCAUGAUCACACCUGCCUACCAAAGGGCCAAGACAGCCAACCAGCUGGCCAGCCAGGUUCAAUACAAGAGAGGCCACGAUGAACGAGUCUCCACGUUCACUCCAGUGGCAGAUACUCCUGAGCUGCUACGGGACAAAGCUGGGGGACAGCUUCAAAGUGAUGCGAGGUAUGCUGAAGACUGCGGAGCUCAGAGAGGGAAAGGCAGCUUUCCUGCUAUGAUCACACCUGCUUACCAGAUAGCCAAGAGGGCCAAUGAGCUGGCAAGCGAUGUGAGGUACCACCAACAAUAUCAAAGAGAAAUGAAGGGAAAGGCUACUUCCCUUGGAGCUGAGGGAAGGGCCCCAAAGCAAGGUGCCGACCAGUACGGCCAGGUUUACUCAGAAGAUGAACCUAGGGGAAAGGGCAGCUUCCCGGCCAUGAUCACCCCAGCUUAUCGGAAUGCCAAGAAGGCCAAUGAACUUGCUAGUGAUAUAAAAUACAGGCAGGAUUUCCACAAGAUGAAGGGCGCCGCCCACUUUCACUCCCUCACAGCCCAGGACAACUUGGUUCUUAAUCGAGCUCAGAGUGUGAACAAGCUUGUGAGUGAGGUGGAGUAUAAGAAGGGUCUGGAAAGCAGUAGAGGUCACAGUAUCAACUACUGUGAGACACCCCAGUUCAGGAGUAUGAGCAAGAUCUCAAAAUUCACCAGUGACAAUAAGUAUAAGGAAAACUACCAGACCCAUCUGAGAGGCCACUAUGAAGGAGUCGGUAUGGACAGACGUAUGCUCCACGCUCUCAAAGUUGGCAGCCUGGCCAGCAAUGUUGCCUACAAGGCUGAUUAUAAGCAUGACAUUGUGAAUUACAACUACCCAGCCACCCUCACACCAUCCUACCAAACAACGAUGAAACUUGUUCCCCUGAAGGAUGUCAACUACAGGCAGAGCAUCAACAAACUGAAGUACAGCUCAGUGACAAACACACCGCAGAUUGUUCAAGCCAGAAUCAAUGCCCAGCAACUGAGCCACGUUAAUUACCGUGCUGACUACGAGAGAAACAAGCUGAACUACACAUUGCCCCAGGAUGCUCCUCAGAUGGUCAAGGCCAAGACCAAUGCCAAACUCUUCAGCGAGGUGAAGUACAAAGAAGGCUGGCACAAGACAAAGGGGAGAGGAUUUGAAAUGAAGCUGGAUGCCAUGCCUCUGUUGGCCGCCAAAGCCUCGGGGGAGCUUGCUAGCAAUAUUAAAUACAAAGAAGAAUAUGAAAAAACAAAAGGCAAAGCCCCGGGAACUGCAGACUCUAGGCUUCUGCACUGCCUGCUGGUGGCCGCGAUGAGCAGUGAGGUGGAAUAUAAGAAAGGGUUUGAAGAGAGCAAGGCUCAUUUCCACCUGCCCGUGGACAUGGUGAACCUCAGGCAUGCUAAAAAGGCCCAAGCUCUCGCCAGCGACCUCGACUAUAGAACGAAACUGCAUGAAUAUACCGUGCUGCCUGAAGACAUGAAGACCCGAUGGGCCAAGAAAGCCUCUGGGCUCCAGAGCGAGCUGCAGUACAAAGCUGACCUGGCAUGGAUGAAAGGGGUCGGAUGGCUGACCGAGGGGAGUCUCAAUCUAGAACAAGCCAAGAAGGCUGGACAGCUCGUCAGCGAGAGAAACUACCGGCAGAGAGCUGAUGAGCUGAAGUUCACCAGUGUGGCUGACAGCUCCCAGAUGGAGCAUGCCAGGAAGAGCCAGGAGCUGCAGAGUGGGGUGGCUUACAAGGCUGGCAAUGAGCAGUUUGUCCAUCAGUACACCAUCAGCAAAGAUGAGCCUUUCUUCUUGCAAGCCCGGGCCAAUGCUGCUCAGCUCAGUGAGACACUGUACAAGAGCAGCUGGGAAAGGCAGAAGGCGAAAGGGUUUGAGCUGAGACUCGACUCCUUGGCAUUCCUGACAGCCAAAGCUGGGAGAGACCUGGCCAGUGAGGUGAAGUACAAGGAGGACUCCGAGAGGUCCAGAGGGAAACUCAUUGGCGCACAGAGCGCACGGGCGGACUCUCGGAUGAGCCACUCACUGCAGAUGUCCAAGCUACAGAGUGAGCUGGAGUAUAAGAAAGGCUUUGAGGACACCAAGUCUCAGUGUCAUGUCUCCCUGGACAUGAUCCACCUCGCCCACGCCCGCCAGGCGCAGCACUUAGCCACCGACAUAGGCUACAGGACGAUAUCACACUACUUCACAGCUCUGCCCACGGACAUGAAGGUGGAGUGGGCCAAGAAAGCCUAUGGCCUGCAAAGUGAUAACCAAUACAAGGCAGAUGUGAAGUGGAUGAAAGGCGCAGGCUGGGUCGCCACCGGGUCAUUAAAUGUGGAGCAGGCGAAGAAGGCAGGAGAACUCAUUAGUGAGAGGAAGUACCGUCAGCAUCCAGAAGCUUUGAAGUUCACCAGUAUUAAAGACACUCCUGAGAUGGUCCAGGCCAGGAUUAGUUAUACCCAGGCAGUGGAUAGACUGUAUCGCGAGCAAGGAGAGAGCAUGAAGCACCACUACACGCCUACUGUGGACUUGCCUGAAGUCCUGCUUGCCAAACUCAAUGCCAUGAACAUCAGUGAGACACGCUAUAAGGAGUCCUGGAGCCGACUUCGGGAUGGGGGAUACAAGCUGAGGUUGGAUGCCCUUCCAUUCCAGGCAGCAAAGGCGGCCAGUGAAAUCACAAGCGAUUACAAAUACAAAGCAACAUUUGAGAGAAUGAAAGGACAGAUGCUUGGCUCCCGGGGCUUGGAAGGUGACCUCAGCCUCGCACACGCAGUACACGCGACCUCGCUGCAGAGUGCUGUGAAUUACAAGAAAGCCUUUGAACACUCAAAAACUCACUUUCGUCUGCCGCUGGACAUGGUGACCCUGGUGCAUGCCAAGAAGGCUCAGAACCUGGCCAGCAACCAGGACUACAGGCACCCACUGCCCCAGCACACAUCCUUGGCAGAAGAUCUGAGACUGAGCUGUGCCAAGAAAGCUCACAAGUUGCAGAGUGAGAAUCUGUACCGUUCAGACUUGAACUUCAUGCGUGGCAUCCCCUGUGUUAUUCCUGGCACACUGGAGAUUGAAGGCAGAAAGAGAGCGUCAGAGCUCAUCAGCGAGAGUAAAUACCGCCAACAUCCUGGGUCAUUCAAGUACACAGCUGUGGUAGAUACUCCUCACCUUCUGCAGGCCAAGUUCAGCAACCAGAUCACCAAUGAGCGUCUCUAUAGGGCAGCUGGUGAGGAUGCGCGGCACCAAUACACAACCACCCUUGGUUUGCCUGAGUUCAUCCGAGCAAGAGCCAAUGCAGACAACCUGAGUGAGGCAAAAUACAAGGAGUCUUGGUAUAAUCUCCGUGCUCAAGGCUGCAAGCUGACGAUGGACGCUCUCCCCUUCCAGGCUGCGCGAGCCUCCGGGCACAUAGCCAGUGAUUUUCUCUAUAGGCACGACUUCGUGAAGGAGCGGGGGCAGCUCAUCGGGGUCCGGAGUGUGAGUGAUGACCCACGGCUGAGGCACUGCCAGCGGAUGGGCCAGCUGCAGAGUGAGAAUCAAUACAAGAAGGAGGCGGCCAGCAGCCAAGCCCAGUGCCACCUUCCCAUGGAUAUGGUACACCUGGUCCAUGCCAGGAAGGCCCAGGCCCUGGCCAGUGACCGUGACUACCGGACACAGUGCCGUGAGUUCACCGCGCUGCCUGAGGAUCUGAAGAUGGCCUGGGCCAAGAAAGCCCAUGCCCUACAGAGCGAGUUUCGCUACAGAUCAGACUUGAUGGGCAUGAAGGGCACAGGAUGGUUGGCUCUGAGAUCUCCCCAGAUAGAGAAUGCAAAGAAGGCUGGAGAGCUCAUCAGUGAGACCAAGUACCGUAAAAAACCAGACAGUAUCAAGUUCACCGCGGUGGUAGACUCUGCAGACCUUGUUCAUGCCAAGGACAGUUACAGGCACUGUAACGAGCGCCUGUACAGGUCAGGGGAUGCAGACUCCAUGCAUAGGUACACCCCAAUCCAGGACCACCCGGAUUUCACCCGAGCACGGCUGAAUGCAAUGCACCUGAGUGACAAAGUCUACAGAAAGGCCUGGGAGCAGAGCCGGGCUGGUGGCUACGACUUCAGGCUGGAUGCCAUCCCAUUCCAGACUGCCAAGGUGUCCAGGGACAUCGCCAGUGACUUCCGGUACAAGGAGGCGUUCCUGAGGGACCGGGGCCUGCAGAUUGGGUACCGCAGCGUCAGUGAUGACCCAAGGAUGAGGCAUUUCCUCCGUGUCGGCAGGCUCCAGAGCGACAAUGAGUACAAGAAGGACUUUGCCAAAGGUUGCUCCCAGUUCCACAGCCGCACUGACCAACCUGGUUUCCUCCAGGCCAAGAGGAGCCAGCAACUGGCCAGUGAUGUACACUACAGGCAGCCACUGCCCCAGCACACCAGCGACCCAGAACAGCUGGGCCUGAAGCAUGCCCGGAAGGCCCAUCAACUGCAGAGUGACGUCAAGUACAAAUCUGACUUGAACCUGACUCGAGGUGUUGGCUGGACCCCUCCCGGCUCCUACAGAGUGGAAAUGGCUCGGCGUGCUGCAGAACUGGCCAACAGGAGGGGCCUAGGUCUCCAGGGUGCUUGUGCAGGGCAGGAGGGAGUGGGGCAUGGAGAUCAUCAGAGCCGGGAGGUGAACCCAGAUGCCGCGGAGAUUCUGCACAUUAAGAGGAAGAAGACGCUGCUGAUGUGAGCAGUAGCCUCCAGCUGCAUCCCCGAGAGACAGAAGUACCACGGAGGGUUGCAGGCCAGAGGCAGCCUCCCACGGCUUCAGUCUGCACGAGUUGUUAAAAAACGGAAUGCCCUCCCCAUCCCCACAUCGGCCUUUAUUAAAACAACAGCUCUGAAAGCAAA